AUGCGGUUGAAGGUGGCUAAGUUAGAAUUGAGAUUAAAGAAAGUGACAUUCUCAGUGGAACUGUUAAAAGACAACGACAAGCUUGUUUUAUUGUACACUGGAUUACCAUCAUGGCCGGUUUUCAUGCACACUUUUCAAUUUGUAUCAAAAUUUGUUACUCCUUCUCUAGUACUGAGUCUUGAGGAUGAAAUGCUACUUACUCUUUUACGCCUUCGGCUAGACUUGACUCUGAAUGAUUUAGCAGUAAGAUUUGCAGUUUCUCUACCAACAGUGUCAAGAAUUUUUGAUAAAUGGAUCGAUGCUUUGUAUGCAUGUCUUCAGUUCCUUAUAAAAUGGCCAUCCGGAGAGAUUUGCACUCAAAAUAUGCCACCAUUCAUAAAAGAGCUAUAUCCUGCCCGUAGAUGCAUUAUAGACUGUACAGAAAUUUUUAUAGAAAAGCCAUCAGGAUACGUUACACGAAGCAAGACCUUUUCAAAUUAUAAGAAACACAAUACUGCGAAGCUAUUAAUUGCUAUCACUCCUUCUAGAUCAAUUUCUUUUGUCUCAAAGUGUUGGGGUGGCAAAGUCUCUGAUAAAGUUUUGACCCCCCAGGAGAGUGGCUUUCUUUCACUAUUAGAGCGUGGUGAUGUUGUUCUUGCUGACAGAGGGUUUACAAUUAGUGAUGAUGUUGGGUUGGUAGGUGCAAAAUUAGAAAUCCCAGCUUUUACAAGAGGAAAAGGUCAGUUGUCACAACGAGAUGUUGAAAUGACCAAGAAUUUAUCACAUGUACGAGUACAUGUUGAACGAGUAAUUGGGCUUUUGAAAAUGAAAUAUAAAAUUCUGAAAGGGACUCUUCCUAUUUGUAUUCUAAAACACAAAUCUGACUCCAAUGUUGCCAACAUUGAUAAAAUAGUUACUGUUUGUGCAGCACUUACAAAUCUAUCAAAAUGUAUUAUCAAGUAAUUGUUUAAGUCUGAAUGUAUGAUAAGUAAAGUAUAAAUACUAACAAGAGUAAUUUAAAAUAUUGCAGUUACACACAGUCAGGGCAGUACCAUUGACCAACUGGUUCCUCUGUUAUGUUUACACAGGCAAAGUGAAACCAUCCAUAUUUACAAAAUUGACAAUCACAAAAUAUCAUUUUUCCAUAUUCUCCUUUACGACAAAAACAAAAUAAUUGGUCUUUUUCACUGGGAUGAGCAUCUGCAUUGCCACUAAGUAAUUUUGGGAGGAUUACUUUAAUAAAAAAUUUGUCCAAUUUUUCCUUCACUGACUUGUAAAAUGCUUCAACCAAUUUAAUUCUUUCUAUAUAAAUUCCUUUUUUUGUCCAACAGACAAAAUCAGUGUAUUUAGAGACUACAAUGCCCAUUUGCCCUUGUAUCUGGUAAUAAUAUUGAUGUGUUUUCAAUAAUUCAUGCUGCCCAUGCUCAGAUACUUUCAAGUAUGCACAUUCAGUUGGUUGGCCAUCUCGAACACUAUAUGGACAUUUAAUUUCUAAAAUACCAUUUCCACAACACUGGCAUGAAAUUAAUCCAUCUGGUGAUGCACCCAAAUGUGGGGAGUUAAUGUUUACAUGUAAACCCGUCAAUUUA